GGCGCCCUGUGAGUGAGAGAAGAGCAAGCGCGGCACGACUGUUGGCCCGAAUUUAACAAUUAACCUUGAUGAGCACGGAUUGGUUUCACUCAACAGGCGCAGGUGCGCGAGGUCCGCGGUACGGCGCAGCUGAGCAGCUCCACGUUAAUGAGCGGACGUUGACGCAUUUCGUGCCAAACACAGAAACUCCACGGAUGCAGAGGAGCUUUGUAGCCGAUAUUAUUACAGUAUUUGUUUUCUUCACGGGACAGGAUGCAGAGAGCACCGGGAGCCUGUUGUCCGCUGCUCGUCUUCUUGCAGAAUCCGUCCCCAGGAGCGUCGCUAAACUGAUUUUGAUGCCCUACAUCUGAAUUUGACCGCAGUGUCAUUGGCCGGUUCACAGUCCCAGCAGCAGCAGAGAGGCAUCUCCUCGGCUCCGGAGACGGGAAGAAGAGAGAAAGUGUCCGCUUCACUACUCUCUCCGUCUGCGCGCUGCACGCAGUGGAAUGAGGACCGCGUCCCGGCUCUGCUCCGCGUAAAGGGGAGGCAGUUUCAAGGACGCAUAGAAGAUAAAAAAGAGUGAGGGGGGGAAGAAAAAGAGAGGAGAGAGUGGGGGAGAAAAAAGUGGCCACCGGCCGAGCAGAGAAGCAUGGAGCGGGACGACACGGACACGAUGGGCCCGUCUAAAAAGACAAUAAUUUCCAAGAUAUUUAAAGUUCGUAAGAGGAGGGAGAUGCUUUUCGUUCAGGUGUGUUUCAUCUGCUGUGUCCUCUCCGUGGCGUGGGGCAUGUCGGUGCUGUUGACCAAGACAGGUCAUGGGAUGGUGGUGGAGGGACAGCCCAACCUGGAACACUGGGGGAGACGGCUGAUGGCCUCGGUGUCCGAUAACGACACAGAGCCGAAGAACUGUUCAGAGCCAGCAAUACAUGAGUUCCCUGGAGAUCUUUUCACCAACAAGGAACGGAAGACCGGGGCCGUUAUGCUGCACAUUGUGGCGACGCUCUACAUGUUUCUGGCCCUGGCCAUAGUGUGCGACGAGUAUUUCGUGACAUCGCUGGAGAAGAUAUGUGAGAAACUGGAUCUCAGUGAAGAUGUUGCCGGUGCCACCUUCAUGGCAGCUGGCAGUUCUGCACCGGAGCUUUUUGCAUCUGUCAUCGGUGUCUUCAUCACCCACGGAGAUGUGGGGGUGGGAACCAUCGUUGGCUCAGCGGUCUUCAACAUCCUUUGCAUCAUUGGUGUCUGCGGGAUCUUCGCUGGACAGGUGGUGAUGCUAACCCGGUGGGCCGUUUUCAGGGAUUCCUUCUACUACAUCCUGUCUAUUCUGGCUUUGAUCGCGUUCAUCUAUGACGAGAAGAUUGUUUGGUGGGAGAGUUUGGUGCUGGUACUCAUGUACGCCGGUUACAUCCUCGUCAUGAAAUUUAACUCCAGCAUGCAGAGGCUUUUCAUGGGGAAGUCGAAAAAGAACGUGGCCAACGGUAACGCCGCGGCCAGCAGUGAGAUGGAGGACGUGAAGCCCAGCAAAGCUUACAGCCGCGGCUCAGUGGUGAUGGUGGACGAGAUCAUGAACGCCAGCCCGUCCAAGUUCAGGUUCCCGGAGGCUGGCCUUCGCGUCAUGGUCACCAGCCAUUUUGGACCCAAGACCCGCCUGCGCAUGGCCAGUCGCCUCAUCAUUACAGAGCGUCAGAAGUUGGUUCAAGCAUCCAACGGCGUGGAGACACAAGUGGUUGACGGCAAGGUCGAAAUCGAGAACGGGAACGUGCCAGAGGACAAACCCCCAGAGGCGGAGGAGAACGAAACCAUCUCUCCGUUUGGUAUUCCAAGGGGCUGUGGCAGCAGAGUGAAGUGGCUGAUCUCGUGGCCUCUGCUCCUCUUGCUGUUCUUCACCGUGCCAAACUGUGCCAAGCCUCGCUGGGAGAAAUUCUUCAUGGUCUCCUUCAUUCUGUCCACGGUUUGGAUCGCAGUCUUCUCAUACCUGAUGGUCUGGAUGGUGACUAUAAUUGGCUACACUCUGGGAAUCCCUGAUGUCAUCAUGGGCAUCACUUUUCUGGCAGCAGGCACCAGCGUCCCAGACUGCAUAGCCAGUCUCAUCGUCGCUCGGCAAGGUCUGGGAGACAUGGCCGUGUCCAACACCAUCGGCAGCAACGUGUUUGAUAUCCUGGUCGGUCUCGGGGUUCCCUGGGCCUUGCAGACCAUAUGUAUAGACUAUGGAUCAGAGGUGAUGAUCAACAGUCGGGGCCUGGUGUAUUCGGUGGUGCUCCUGCUCGGCUCUGUGGCCCUCACGGUUCUGGGGAUCCACCUGAAUAAAUGGAGGCUGACCGUGAAGCUGGGCAUCUACGUCCUGAUCCUGUAUGCCAUUUUCCUCUGCUUCUCCAUCCUGAUCGAGUUCAACGUCUUCACCUUUGUCAACCUGCCCAUGUGCAUAGAGGUGGACCUGUAGGAGUAGUAGUCGUUAGUUGCACAGCAGCAUGUCUCGGAAUACCAAAACCUCAAAGCUCUCAUGGCACACCCAGACUUUGAUUUUCUUUUUUCUUCUUCCAAUAAUACUGGACCUAUCUGCAAGACCCCGUCCCCUUCUCAUCCUUGUGAUUCUUUAGUCCCAAAUGUGAUAAAUUAAAUAUGAAUUUCCUCCAGAGGGAGAACACUGUGAUGGUGGAUAGGUCUCUGUCUCCCGAUCACACGGUUCCUUCCUUUUUUCUUUUUUUUUUUUAAAUUUAUUACAGGUGUUACCUGUUACUGCAGUAAAGUCUUUAGUUCCUGUGUGCACUCUCUGCCCAUUUAGCAUGCCUUUUUAGAUGUUGGGGACGUCCAGAAUCAUAAGUGCCCCCCGCCCCCCCACCCCCCCGUUGAUUGUUGGUGUGCGUUUUCAUUGUUCACAUUGUAGAUUUCCACACACCCGUUUUUUCAAAGCCUUUCAACAAACCAAACUAGAGUUCUGUGAAGGGAAAAAGAGCAACCAAAAUCUCAUACGUAGAGCAAUUGACCAAGAUAUUUCCCCCAGCACCCCAAAGAAACAAACAAAAAAAAAGAAACACUUUUCCUUCCUUUUCCCUCUUGACCUCUGGAGGAGGUUCUUGUCGUCGGCAGCUCCCCCUCCUCCAGUCCUGGACCUGACUCUCCCGGCAUGGCCUUUGGCAUCAGGGAGCAGAUCGUGUUAGCGGUUCACUUCACUCGCCCCUUGCGCAACUCCUCUCCGCCCUCAUCUGCUUGAUUGAAUCUACUUCUUCUUUUUCUUAACAAAAAAAAACAAAAAACAAAGAAAGAAAGAGGAAAAAAAAAAGACACCGUCAGGACACUCUGUUGUCGGAAUAAGCCACAGUCCGUGUCAGUCGACUGUGAAGGUGUUAUGCAUAUGCAGCACUGCACAAUGUAAACUUGUAAACACGUUUAUUUUUUUUUUUGUAUUUAUUUCUUUUUGUCUCGUAUGAAAUGUGGAGGAGGGCUUUGUUGCAAGGCGCACAUGGAAAAAUGGGUUUUCUUGCUUUUGUGCUGUAAGGAGAUUUGACCACUCGGAGGGGUAGUAAUGCAGGCUGCUGGGAGGGGAUUCCACGCCAGUGCUGGGUUGUUCCUCUUUUCCCUCUGCACAACUUCAGAGAAGAAGCAAAACGACUGUCUCCGGAUAAAUGGGAUGCAUCUUAUUUUUUGUCAUCAUCUGAUGGCUUCUCGUCUCGAGAGCAGCGGCUGCGUGGAGAGAGAGUUGUUUUAAAGAAAAAUGCAAAGAAACCAGGCAGUCACUUGUCAACACUGUCUGCUGUAACAGCCUUUGGACAGUAGGGGGUUCUGCAGCCCCUCUACCCAGGCCAAGGGUACAAACUACAGGUGUCGGUUAUCAGGGAAACUUGGAAAUGGACAACUCCAAGAGGCGGCGAUGGUGAUGGUCUAUUGAUUUUUGAGUUACAUGUAUAUAUUGCACUUUAACAGCCAUCCUCUCAUUCUGAAUCAACUAGUGCUUCCUUCUGUGUGUGUGUGUGUAUGUAUUUUCAGUGUAUAUGUCUGAGUGUGUGCGUGAGAGAGAGAAUUUUGUGUGUGUGAGUGUUUGUGUGUGUUCCGUACGUUUCUCACACCAGGCUCUCAAACAGACUGGAGCCCUGUGAACACCACGAGUACACACACGCGCACGCGCGCGCCUCUGUCUGCAGUUGCAUGCUGGACAAACGCAGGCUCCUCCACAGCACAGCACAGCAAAAAGGCUGAGGGCUUUCCGGGCUUCGUCUCCAUGGAAACCUGCCCGACCCAUUUUACAAAACUCGGCAGCUACGUGCUACACUGCAAUCCAGACGUUUUUUGUGUGUGUGUGUGUGUGUGUGCGAAGUCCACAAAUGAGGCGCAGAGACUUUGAAAAACUGAAGUGGUGGUGAUUUAAUAUAUCCCUCUGUCACUCUGCUGGCAGCAGGCACUUGUAUAUGCAAUCUCAAUGUAAAGAAAUCUCUGUGUGACGGAAAAGCCCCACCUGCAAGGUUGCCAUAUAAAGGACGGGGGAGGUCCCGUGAAGAUGUGACGUCAGUUUGUCUUGUGGUACUUGAUGUGUGAGCUCACAGGUGUAGGUGUGUGUGUGUGUGUUUCUCAGUUGAGCCAAUAGUUCUGGACCUUUUCUGGCAUUGUGGGAAGUCUGAUUUCACCUCCUGCACACUGUACACACACCCCUUACCGCCCCCUUCUCUUGCACAAGGGCAUUACAUUUUCCCCUGCAACUCAACUUAAAGGAGCAGCAGGGAACACGUGGAUGGAUGAAAGGAUGGAUGACUCUCCUCCACUCCUGGGACUGUCACUGCUCCGUGGACCUGGGUGAGGGCAGACUUUAAGGAAUUUUUAAAGAGAAUUGGACCCCCCUUAAAACUGCUUUUAUUCCAGGGUUCCGAUUGCAGCGUUUGCUGGACAGAGGUGACCACACAGGGCCCACAGACUAACCCCUCACAUCCUCGUAAACUUUCCUCACCCUCCAAACCUUCUCCAGUGGGUCUUCUGUACAUACAGGACCUGUUUUUUGAUGCUUUUUGUGGGGAAAAGGCAUGUUUGUACUGUAAAAUUGAGUUGAUUCAGAAUGUGCAGUGUUAAGGUUUUUAGGUUUUAGUUUUUUUUCUCUCUUCUGUUGCUGCUCUGUGUGGUCAUGUCCCAUUUGUCAGGUUUGAGCGGUAACACCUCAGCAGGGGAAAAAAAAACACUGCUUUUUUUUGUUCUGUUUUUCUUUCUUGUCCUCAUUUUGACACGCGGCAUCUGUUCUCACUGGUCGUCUGAAUCUUUGUAACAAGAAGUCUGCGUUUGGAGAGAGGAGGCAUUAAAAAAAAAAAUAAAAAGUGAUUUCCGAUGCCAUACUUCGUCGUAGCUCUGCAUAAAAACCUAGAUUGUAUGGAAGUGGUAUAGCAAAGUGAGCGCACACUUUAGACACACGCACACACGUUUAGCAGUUUCAAACGAACGUGAGAGAGGAGGAUUGGUGUGUAUUUCUUGACUGAAUGCGACCCGAUGCACUGUGAGCUCAAUGUGAUGUGGGAGUUGUUUGUCCAGAAUAAUAAAUGAUUAAAAAAAAUAAUGAGAUAUAUAUAUAUAUAUAUAUAUUUAAUGUAAAGUUAGUUACUAUAAAAAAACAUUACUGAGGACAUCUGUAUAACUUAUAUGAAUGUAUUGUCUUGCUAUACUGGACAUAUCCAACCAAUGCAUUUUACUGUAAAGCAAUAAUGUGAAGAAAAAAGAAUAAAAUGGCAGAAAUAA